GUCAAACCCGGCUUCACUUCCCUAUGUCAAAUGUUCUUGUAUUAUACUGGAUCACAAUGGGACAUAUUUCAUUUCUAUGUGCUGCAUUGUUGGUGUUUUUCUGUCCAAAGCAAGGGUCCAGUGCUGUGACUCCUCUAUUUGUGGAGAAAGGGAAGGAUGCGUUUCUGAAGGUGUUGGAGACGGAUGUACCAGCAGAAUUUACCCUUCUAAUAUGGAAGGUCAAUGACAGUGAUGUUUUAGUGGCAUUUGGAUCUAACAAAGAACCAGAAGUCGCUGGUAAAUACAGUGGAAGGAUUGAUGUGAAAAACUUCUCUCUGACUUUGAAGAAUCUCCAAGAGGCAGACAGUGGAGUUUAUAUUGCCCGACUCACAGUGAAAACAAAAGAAAACAUACUCGCUGGAUACAACGUCACAGUUCAAAAUCCAGUGUCUCCAGUCGAACUGACAGUGGAGAACAUGUACCAAAGUGCCGAGUUGUGUGUUGUCACGGUGACUUGUAGCACGCAGGACUCCUGUCACAUCAACGCGUCUUUUAGAUGUGACACAGAAACCUGCAGCCAGGAGGAUGGAGGACUGAGAACUGUGUCCACAACCUGGGGCACUUCCCUCCAGCUCUAUCUGUCAAAUGACUUGACAAUUACCUGUAACCACAGCAACCAAGUCAGCUUGAAAAGGAACAUGACGAGGAUUGAAGAUUUUUGUCCCUUACAUGCAGAUUCUGCAUCAUCAUAUCUCUACAUUGCUGUCAUCGUUGUGGUUGCCACGGUCACCAUAACCACCAUCUUCACAGCUGUUUAUAUUUAUCAUCGGAAAAAAAGAAAAAGGCGUGAAAGCGCUGAAAACACAGUGUAUGCAUUUACUCAGGGUCCAAAUGCCAGCCCAAAUGGAACAGAAGCAACUGCUGGGACCGGAGAUGAGAGUGUGUCCAGCAUGUAUGCUCAGGUCCAACACCUGCCCAAGUCCUGAACAAAACGUGUAAAAAAAGGACUAACAAACUAAUCCCGUCUGAAUAGGGCUGUUCUCACCAUUACAAUCACUGAGGUCUGCAGAAAAAUCACUUCUUGUGGUACCUCGGUCGAGAUUUAAACACUGGCGAGACUGUUCCACAGAAAAAAAAUUGCUUAGUGAUGUAGCGGAUUACAAUUAUGUAAAUGUUGUAAAAAAUGAUGUAACGUCGUUACAUGUAAUCCGUUAACCCCAACACUGCCGAUUCCGAUAUCAACUGAUACCAAUACCAAUAUAUACAGGCUUUUUUUCCCCACAAAACUAAUUUUAGGUCACAUCAGGUAUCUCCUGUUGUGUUGUUAAAUAACACAAGUGCAGUGCCCGUACAAAAUCUGUUUUUGUGUGUGUUUAGUAAUUUUUGGUUUGGUGUGUUUGAGUGCUCAUUUCACUAUUACACAGGAAAAGUUCA